AUGGCGACAUCCAACUCCCCAGACCUACCCGAGGAAGAGCUUGACGAAGAUUUGCUCGACGACAUCCUAAGCCGCGCCCAGGAGUGCGAGAAAUCAAGACGAAUACCGUUGGACUACAAGAUGAACCUCGCCUACAACUAUCGAGCCCAAGCAAAAUUCCCACAGGCCGAAUCCGUCGCUCGCGAUGUUGUCGAGCGGCGCCGUAGGGUACUCGGUGAUCAUGCAGACACAGCUAGCGCCAUGAACAGCCUGUCGAUUAGCAUCAAGGCCCAGGAGCGAGUGGAAGAAGGACUCUAUCUAGAUGAGAAGACUCUGAAAAUGCUGCAACGUGUUCAGGGAGACGAGGAAGAUGCUACGCACGAUGAGGCGGCUGAGCUUCACCAGAAAGUCGUCGACUUCCGCGUACAGAAAUUAGGAAAGAAUAACCGCGAGAGCAUUAUCGCUAUGGAUAUGCUCGCAAGGGACUUUACCGCACUUGGAGAGUGGGACAAGGCGCAACAGCUACAAUCAAACUUUGGCGACGGCGAUAGCACCACCAUCACCUGCAUCUUGAACCUAUUAAAAACAUACCGCCAUCUGGGUGAACCAGAUAAGGCACUGAAGAUGAUAGAAGAUUUAUUGGCGUCCUUUCGACAGCUGGGUCGUGAUCACACCGAGCCUAGUUCGUCACUCAUGAAGCAGCUUGCAUUCGCGUAUUCCGACCAAGACCGAUUCGAGGAGGCGGAGCCGCUGUUUGGGGAGUUUUAUGAGUGGAUUAAGGGGGUUUUGGGGCCUGAUCAUGAGGUGAUGGAGGAGGCGAGGUUGGAUCUGAGGGAUAACUUGGUGGCUCAGGGAAAGCUUGUGUGGACAAGCUCUUACCGGGCUAUAGAAUGA